AUGAACGGCACAUCGUCACUGACUCCUGACUUUACGACGGCGAACUAUGUGCAAUUCUUCGCUGCCGGUGGUCUUUGUGCGACAAUUACGCACGGCGGUCUUACGCCAAUUGAUGUGGUCAAGACGCGCCUGCAGCUAGAACCGGCAGGCACGAAAGAAACCAUGCUGAGUAUGGCAAAAAACAUCGAUAGACAUGAUGGUCCAGGUGGACUGCUAGCAGGGUUUGGACCAACAGCUGUAGGCUACUUGAUUCAGGGUGGCUCGAAGUUCUGUGGUUACGAGUUUUUUAAGAAACAUGCCAUCGACUGGCUGGGCAGCCGUGAGAAGGCGCUGGAAUACCGCCAGGCCAUAUACCUUGGCUCGGCUAGUUGCGCGGAGGUGAUUGCCACGACCCUCUUGACACCAUUGGAGGCUGCACGCAUUCGCAUGGGGUCUGAACGAGGCUUCGCAAAGGGGGUCGUUAGUGCGCUGACACGUCUGUUCCGAGAAGACGGCAUCCGUGGAUACUACGCAGGCUAUAUCCCCAUCUUGUUACAAGCAAGUCCCUUAUGCUAUCGGCCAGUUCUACACGAAUGA